AUGGAUGUCGAUUCAGAACCUAUAUCAUCCAAUCCUGCUAUGGCGAAUUUAGACGAAGAUCUAAUGGAAAGAUUACGAUCCAUUACUACAAGUAAUCGAGAAGAUCUAAUUGCACAAUUUCGCGCGACGACAAAUGCAAUGUUGACGGACGAAGGAUGUGCUUUCUUUCUUGAAAUGAGCAACUGGAAUUUAAACGAAGCUAUUCUUGCGUACUAUGAUGCUGAAAUGCCGACAGAUAAGAUUCCACAAAUGCGUUUUGUUGCCGAUGUUACUGUUGGCGAAGGUGAAGCCAUUCCACCCAAUACCAGAUUUGUUAAAACUUGGCGUGUACAAAAUUCUGGCAGUGAACCAUGGCCAACGAACUGCUCAUUGAGAUUUGUUAACGGUGAUCGAUUGCAAGAUCGUGAUGAAAUCUAUGUUGGUUCACUAGCACCAGGUGAACAAACAAACAUUUCGGUUGAUAUAACCAGUCCAUUCACGCCGAAAAUCAUCAGAUCACAGUGGCGUCUAUUCACUUCAGCUGGCGUACCCUUUGGAGAUCCGAUUUGGUUAAUUGCGAGCGUUGAAGAAGGCGGACUAAUGGGAAUCACUCAACAGCUUGAGCAAUGUCAUUCUCUCGGUAUGAACGUUGGUGAACCACAUGAAAUGAAUAUUCAGCCGUCAAAUAAUUUACUUCAUCAGACUUCUCCAACAAAUCCUUUUCAACCAACGAGAUGGCCAAAUACCGACACUAAUAAUGUGCCCGGCUGGACGAACUAUCCUGUUGUGCCUGUUACAGAAUACUCUCGAACGAAUAACAUCAAUCAUCAACCAUCGGACCCUUCGUCAUCGUCAAAUGGAAUGACUGACGACAAUUCUUUAGACACAUUUUAA